AGAAAUACACGCAUAGACACACACGCACAUAUUCAUUCGGCUUCGUGUUGGGGUGUAAGACCACAGGUUGGACUCGCUUCCCUUCCAUACUGCUGCCUCGUGUUCCUCUCUCUCUCUCUCUCUCUCCUCCCCCUCCCACCGGUCUUGAUUGCUUCAUCGUCUCGGUAGCACGGCAUGACGGACGCCGUGGACGACGAUGUGCGGCUCAUGAGCCGCGACGAGCGGGUGGCGAGCUACCGCGAGCUCGUCGAAGGCCUGGAAGGCAUUUUGGCCUCGCACGACCCGGACGGCGCCGGAGGCGAGGACGACAACGAAGACGCGGAGCAGUUGGCGUUGGUGGAGGAGGUCGAGACGCAACUGCGCACGUUGGCGAAGUUACUAAACGACGAGGAAACUAUCCAGGUGACGCCCGGUUUGAUAAAGAAGGUCAGCAAGUCGGCGGUGAUUGGUGGGGCGCCGGAGACGACCAUCCUUUACCCUCCUCCCCCUCCCCCAUCUUCAAGCAGCAGCAUCAACAGCAGCGGUGGUGGUGCUGCGAGUGGGGCUGGUCUCGGCAGCUCCGUCGAUCCGACGGCGAGCGCCCCCUAUGAGGUGCUCUUUGACGAGCGCGAGUGGUACCCGUGCGUCAUCACCGGUCUUGUCCCGCCAGAAAACGAGGUGGACCGAGUGCAGUACAAGGCGUGGAUUCUCGGGCACAACGUGGAGGAGGCGGUGUACAGCGAGGCGCUGCGGCCGUGGCAGCCGUCGCCGACCGCCGCCGAGGAGCUCCAAAGCGGGACGGGCUGCCAUGUGAUUCACCCCCGCACCGGCCGCUACGUCCCGGGGGUGGUGGACCGACUCACCCUGGAACGGACGGUGUUUGUGAAGGUGCCAGCCGGGGAGCAGGAGAAGUGGGCAGAGGUCUCCGCUACCACUGCCGCUGCCGCAGCUGCGGCGUCUCCGUCGGAGACCGUCUUGGUACCGCUGUCGCACGUCCGCACCGGCAAGUUCUACGCGCAGCUCCGGCACCGGCCGAAGAACGACGAGGAGCGUGCGGCGCGGCGGGCGGAGCAGAUGAAGCUGAAGCGGCAGCGUGUGGCGCAGGAGCGACAGAACACCGCGGAGAAGAUUGCAAAGGAGGCGAAUGAUUGGCAGGCGCUGAUGGGGGACAUGAUGGGCCUUGACAGCGGUGGCAGCUCAGCGAAAAAGAAGCGCCGUCUGAAGUGA